GCUAGAAAAUGGACCCACCCAAAAACAAACACAAGAAGAGAAACAGAAAAUUACGGGAUUAUUGGGAACCAAGCGAGGGUCGUGGGAACCAAGCGAGGGUCGGGGAACCAAGCGAGGGUCGUGGAACCAAGCGAGGGUCGUGGGAACCAAGCGAGGGGAGUGGGAACCAAGCGAGGGUCGUGGGAACCAAGCGAGGGUCGUGGGAACCAAGCGAGGGUCGUGGGAACCAAGCGAGGGUCGUGGGAACCAAGCGAGGGUCGUGGGAACCAAGCGAGGGUCGUGGGAACCAAGCGAGGGUCGUGGGGAACCAAGUAAGGGUCGUGGAACCAAGCGAGGGUCGUGGGAACCAAGCGAGGGUCGUGGGAACCAAGCGAGGGUCGUGGGAACCAAGCGAGGGUCGUGGGAAACCAAGCGAGGGUCGUGGGAAAGCGAGGGUCGUGGGAACCAAGCGAGGGUCGUGGGAACCAAGCGAGGGUCGUGGGAACCAGCGGAGGGUCGUGAGAACCAAGUCGUCGUGGGAACCAAGCGAGGGUCGUGGGAACCAAGCGAGGGUCGUGGGAACCAAGCGAGGGUCGUGGGAACCAAGCGAGGGUCGUGGGAACCAAGCGAGGGUCGUGGGAACCAAGCGAGGGUCGUGGGAACCAAGCGAGGGUCGUGGGAAACAAGCGAGGGUCGUGGGAACCAAGCGAGGGUCGUGGGAACCAAGCGAGGUCGUGGGAACCAAGUGAGGGUCGUGGGAACCAAGCGAGGGUCGUGGGAACCAAGCGAGGGUCGUGGGAACCAAGCGAGGGUCGUGGGAACCAAGCGAGGGUCGUGGGGAAACCAAGUGAGGGUCGUGGGAACCAAGUGA